AUGGCUACAGAAUCCGGCACGACCCAGGACCAGAGCGACAUGCAACAGCUGGGCAUCGAACAAAAGCUUAAUCGAAACUUCAGCAUUUACACGCUACUUGGUUUUGCGUUGCUCAUUGGCAAUAAUUGGGUAUACGCGCUCAUUGGAAAUGGAGUAUCUCUCCAGAAUGGGGGCCCAGCUGGCGGUAUUUGGAUGCUCUGUGUUGUUCUGUGCGGAAUGCUAGCCGUCACAUUAUGCAUAGCUGAACAGACGUCCAUGCACCCAUCAUCGGGUGGCCCGUACGUCUGGGUUGGAAUUCAUUUACCAGGACGUUGGGGAAAAUGCAUAAGUUACGUUGUUGGAUGGCUAACUUUCCUUGGAUGGCAAGCGGGAAUGGCCGGUACUUGCUUCUUAACCGGUGAACAGAUCCGAGGCUUAAUCGCGUUGAUAUCGUCGUCCUAUAAACCAGCACCAAUGCAUAGCACGCUUCUCUGCAUAUCGGUUGCCACCUUUGCAAUCAUCUGGAACACAUUGCUUGCAAAAUACCUUCCAUAUGGUGAGGGUUUGAUGAUUAUCCCCUACAUGAUGGUAUUUGUUGCCUUUCUUUCAGUACUUAUCGUCAUGGGCCCAAAAUCCGACGCCACAGAAAUCUUCCUUGAAUUCAAGGAUCCGAGUGGAUGGGGCAAUACUGCUGUCGCAACCAUGGUGGGCAUGAUUGCGCCUAUAUUAACCAUGGGCAGUGGAGACGCAACUACCCAUCUAGCGGAGGAAGUAAAGAAUGCAUCCCAAUCUAACCCAAAGGCUACAAUUAUCGGCUUCCUCACAAACAGCUUGGGAGCGCUGUCAAUGAGCAUUGUUCUGUUUCUAAGGCAAGGCAAUGAUUAUGCAGCUCUUAUUGGCACUCCAUAUGGUCAACCGUGGAUCCAGACUCUAGUAGAUGCAACAGGCUCAGAACCAAUCGCAGCAGCCAUGCUAGGACUUGUCUGUGUGCUGCUUCUUGUUACACGGGGUUUGGAUCUAUACUUCUCUUGCCGGGUCCCACACUAA